UGUGACGUGUAUGCCUGCGUUGAGCUAGUGAUUGUUUUCCUGCCAUUCUCAACCAAUUCACCGUCUUUCCAAACGACCCUCCCAAUUCUCCCGUUCCUUCUCACCACCCAUGUUAUUACCAGCUAACUCUGUUCGACCCAUAAUAUAUGCAAAAGAAAAGCGGGAAGAAGAGAGACAACUUACUGGGAUACUGCCAGGAUGAUCCAAUCCUUCUCCGAUGUGGCUUGCUGUAGGAUUCAGAACCUUCCAUAACCAGCCUCUCGGUUUUUCGACGGAGAUGUAUAAUUUUUUUGAUGUUAACCAAAGGGAUCGUUAAUUUCUCUGUUUAUUUAAAAAAAAAAUGAAAAUUGGGAUUCUGUUUCUUUACUUUUGAGCGAGUGCAAAACUUUCUCUCACCAGGAUUUAGGAUAGAUGAUGUAGAAUAGUCAAAUAUAAGAUGGCCGAGAAUGCUUUUGCUAAGGCAGCCACAUACGCCUAGCGAACUUUCACGCUGUCAGAUAAUGGGCGGCCUCGUGGGUAAGCAAGCUAGCGGUUAACGUACCACUUCAUUGGAAUUCGUUCCACUCUCUCGGUGUCUAUCAGCUCCCGAAGUCUUUUCGAUGAUUAUGAUUCUCGACUUGUAUUCUCAGCACUAAGCCCUUAGCGAUUUCUCGUCUGGCACAAUUGGAUUCGGGGUAAGGUUGUUGGUGAUCUUAUCUUCAACCUUAGACUUUUGGUAACAGUACUCUUCUCGCGAGUAGAAGAAAACAAGAAAACAAGAAAACGUCUCCCAUUGAUAAUGCGACGGGAAUUCCAUUAUCGUUUUUUAAUGGGCUCUUGAAAAGUCAGCUCGUUCCCGGCACUAUGUGUAUACCUCAAUCGAGGCUGCUUCUGAAGCACGAAAACCCCUGUUGUAUGUUUAAAGCUCACCGCUUGCGUUUUGAACGCAGGGAUACAGAGCCAUCUGUCGCAAUCGCAGAAGCUACCAACCUCUCGCGAGUCUUGUUCCUCAACGUCACAUUGCGCCAAACCUAA